UGUAUCAAAGUUGAUUUAAAGGGCACCGCUGAGCUGCCCAAUCCUUCCAUGAACUCGGCUGAAGACUGCAUGGUCAGAGGACAAAAACGGAAGGUCUCGGACGAUGACGAGGGCUGUUUUAGACCAGCAAAGGAAAUUAAACUUUUUCACCACGUGCUCAAUGAUGAGGAGCAACCAUCCUCCUCCGUGGAAAAAAGUAAAGAUCCAAAACCCAAGAGGUUUGUAAAGCAGCUCAAAUUUGAAGUAAGGAGCGUCGUUCAGUUGCGUGAUCCUUCCAUGAACUGGGUUGAAGACGCAUGCAUGGUCAGAGGACAAAAAAGGAAGGUCUCGGACGAUGCCGAGGACUGUCUUAGACCAGCAAAGAAAAUGAAACUUUUUGACCACGUGCUCAAUGAUGAGGAGCACGUUGAGGAGGAAGAUAAGUGCAUGUUUUCCACUGAAAUUUCAGAGAGCUCCACUGAUUCAAAAGAAAAGGUGUGCAAGAGGAAAGCCACAGGUGAUGGAAAAGCAUCACCAGCAAAGAAACAGAAGAGCCUGGACCAGGAGGAGAGCAAAUGCAGCGCCGAAGAAUUAGAGGCUGCAAAAAUCUGUGAAUUUAAAGCCAAGUACGUGGAGCUGCGCAAGCUUGGAAAAGGAGGGUGUGGAACAGUGUUUGCCGGCUACAGGAAAGAAGACAAUUUUCCAGUCGCUAUCAAACACAUUCCAGAGAUGAAUGUCCCCUGCAAAGUAAAGGCUGAGAACGGGAAGCAAAUCCCCAUGGAAGUGGCUGCUAUGCUCAAACUUGCAGCUGGAACACCAGGAUCAUCAGCUACCGUGUCCUUGCUGGACUGGUUCGAUUUGCGCAAGGAGCUGAUCCUGGUGAUGGAGAGACCUGUCCCUGCUGUGGACUUAGAUAAAUACAUAGAGGAAUAUGCAGAUACUAUAACAGAGGAGACAGCCAAGGUCAUUCUAAAACAACUGAUUGAGGCGGCAAAAGAACUCGAGGAUAAAAACGUCUUUCACCGGGACAUCAAGACUGACAACAUUCUGAUUGAGACCGGCUCCGAUGUGCCUCGUGUUCGCCUCAUUGACUUUGGAGUGAGCUGCUUUUGUAAUGAACGCUCACGGUACACCGUUUUUUCUGGCACACCUGCUUACUCCCCUCCAGAGUGGAUGAUCCACGAGUACUAUAGGCCUGGACCCACCACAGUGUGGCAGCUGGGAGCGGUGUUGUAUAGAACAGUCCAUGCAGGAGCCUUCUUUGAUAUACUAUAUGUCCUUGAAGGGAGCUUAGAAAUUAGCGAGAGGCUGUCUGAAAGUAAGAAAAGUUCACACUUCAACAUUCACUUUUCACUUGGAUCACUGGAACUGUUGUCUUCAUCUCUCUCUUCUUCUUUCAUUGCAGACUGCCAGGAUUUCUUGAAAAUGUGUUUCAACCUGGACCCCAAAAGACGGCCGAAACUGAAGGACCUCCUGCGUCAUCGAUGGUUCAGAUGAACUGUCACACACACACACUCACACACAAAAUGCUUUUAACAGAAAAAAGAUUGAUGCUAUUUAAUUGGACUAUUCUAAAUUUCACUCACAUUGCCCAGUAGCAGUGAAAAGUUGAAACUUUUGACUGCUACUUUACAUCAAUCUUUAUUUUCCGUCCUGGAACUCCCCAGCCAUCCAGGGAAAGGGGGAUCUCUCUUUGAAUUGCCUUUCCCUUCUUCCUAUCAGUCAGGGGAGUUUUUCCUCGUCUUCAGAGAGAGCUUGG